UAGACGAUAGUAGACAAUAGUAUUAUUAGUGAAAGGGGGUGUUGUUGAACAUUUUCUUGACAUUACUCGACUUUUAUAGAUCACGCAAAAUGUUAUCCAGGAACUUUCUGAAGUAAUUGUAGGCUACUUGAGACGUUUAAUUUUGCUAACUUAAUUACGAUAUUUAAAUAGAUGUUUGAUUUCUCUGGUCUAGGGGCGCAUCAGUUGCAGCCUUGAGAAUCGAAUUUUCUCUCCGCAACUCCCUUGUCAUUAUCUGAACACUACAACAAAGUAGUCUGACUGUACUGUAGGCUACAACGUUUCAUAUCCUACAAAGAAGCAAUAGCUUCCACAAUGGAUCGGGCAAUCGGAAGAGAGGCAAGAUUGUCGUGGAAAUAUUUGGUCAAUCAUAUUUCACAAAUACCGGAUUAUGACAAAGCUAGCCCGUUCCCCUCUACCCUCCCGGAGUCCCCAGGUCAAACGUCUCCCAGUACUGCUUUACUGCUGGGUCUGGUUGACUGCAGGAAAACACCGGGGCAGAGUGGAACUAAGAGAGGAGGAGGAGAAGAUAAGGAAGAUGGAGAUUUGUUUUCAUUAAGUAAGAACCAUGGGGACAUCCCUAAUCGUUGCACUCUUAGUGGGAGGGGCUUAUCAUCUGGGGAGCCUCAACAACGUCAUGAUGCUGACAAGAAAGAGAAGAGUCUCUCCAGAUCAGAACACCUCAAGAAACACCAGCAUAGAGGUAUAGGGAAGAAACCUCACCACUGCUGCUCUGACUGUGGGAAUAGUUUUGCUAAACAGAAGGAGUUUAUAUUUCACCAGCGGAUUCACACCGGUGUGAAACCGUACCACUGCUCUCAGUGUGGGAAGGGUUUUUCUGCAUCUAAAACCUUAAAAUCUCAUCAGAGAAUUCAUACUGGGGAGAGCCCUUACCCCUGCUUUGAUUGUGGGAAAUGCUUCAAUAAAUUAGGAGCCCUGACUACACACCAACGCAUACACACAGGAGAGAAGCCUUAUAGCUGUGAUCAGUGUGGGAAUAGUUUCGCUCGAGAUUCCACCCUGACUGCACACCAACGCAUACACACAGGAGAGAAGCCUUAUAGCUGUGAUCAGUGUGGGAAGAGCUUCAGUCAUUCAGGAGACCUGACUAGACACAAACGCAUACACACAGGAGAGAAGCCUUAUAGCUGUGAUCAGUGUGGGAGGAGCUUCAAUCAGUCAGGAGACCUGACUACACACCAACGCAUACACACAGGAGAGAAGCCUUAUAGCUGUGAUCAGUGUGGGAAGAGCUUCAAUCAAUCAGUACACCUGACUAGACACCAGCGAAUACACACAGGAGAGAAAUCUUAUAGCUGUGAUCAGUGUGGAAAGAGUUUUGCUCUAGAUUUCAACCUGACAACACACCAGCGAAUACACACAGGAGAGAAGCCUUACUCCUGUCUAUGUGGAAAGAGCUUUGCUCAUUCAGCAUCACUGAAAAAUCACCAGAAUGCACAAACAUGUCAUCCUUCAUCUCCCUCCUCUCUGGCACUGGUUCCAGAUCCCUAAAUUAUGUUUCAAUAGAAAACAUCUUGUAAAGAGUCAUCCAACUCCCAUUCUCUAUCAGUUUACUAAGGCUGAUAACCAUGGUAACCUGUAUAGCAUAAUAUGCAACUCUGGAUCCAUAUGUAUCAGGUGUGUUGGAGUAGGAGUGCUAAUCUAGGAUCAGGUCCUCUGUCCAUGUAUUCUCAUUUUGAUCUAAAUGGCUUAAUGUCAUCAUUAAGCCAUUUGUGUGUAGAGGGGGAUGUUGAGGUGGGUGGGGGUGUUCAGAGCUGUAUCUUAUUUAAAUAAUUCUUAUUAUCCAUUGUGUAAUAAUGUUUCAACAAUACUAGGUGUGUAUUCAUGUAUGCAGUUGUCGUGUCUUUGGCUAUGCCGGAUUAAGUGAUAUGACAUGCUAACCUAUAAAAUUCUUUCUCUGUAAUUAAUAUUACCUGAUUAAGCUAAUCAUGUAAAUGUAAUUAACUAGAAA